AUGACCCGCGUCAUGGCUGCUGUCGCCAGGGCUUCGCCGGCGCAGCGCGCGUCGGACUUUGUGGCUGGGCGUCGCUGGGCGGUGGGGCAGAGCGCCGUACGUACCAGGGGCGAUGGCGAAGUGGCGAUCUGGCGACGGCCGGUGACAGACGGGGGGCGCUGCGCGUGUGUCGUGCGGGCCCGCGCACGGCCGCUGCACAAGAGGCGGAAGGAGCAUGGGCAGUGCCGGGGGCCUUCCGGGGCUGACGCGAGGAGAAGGCGCGCGCGAUUGGGCGUGGGCUGGGAGGACGGGCGAGGAGUGGUGGGCUGCGAUAAGAGGUGCGCGACCAUAGAGCGACGGGACGGGCCAGGGCAGGGGCGUGCGCGGGCGCGGGCGAAGUGCAGGAAGCACGGGCGUGGGCGUGAUCGGGGCGUGUACGGGCAGCUGCUUCGCGAUGUCGUCAUGGGAAGGAUAGCGUCAUGCAGGGACGGGGAGGAGAGUUUCGGCAGGGACGGGGAUGGGGGUGGGCCAAGCCCGCGGGCGCACGCCGGCGAGCACAGGCACUUCUGUGACACGCACGCUCGCCCGUGGCCAUACGGGGCAGCCGAGUGGGUGGGCAUCCGCGAUCAGUUUAGCGCAGAGCUGCAGUGUAUAAUGUCCGUCAUCGAUGCUUCCGCGCUGCGCCUAAUGUGUGAUUGGGGAGCGGCGCGGCCGGGAAAGUGCGCCGAGUCAAUCUGGUGGGUGGUGAUUGCGCAGAGACGGAGAGGACGGGCAGCAGGUGUGCAGCGAUGGAUCGGAUGA